UUAGCUAAAGAAACAAAUAAUUUACCAGAAAAAAUAUUAAAUAAAAUUCAUCAACGUGAAUUAGAUUGUUUAAAGCAUUUAAAUAAUGAUGAUAAUUCUAACAGCAGUAAUAGAAGUAAUAACGAUAAUGAUAAACCUGAAAAGCUCGAAAAAUUAACUACAUAUAUAAAAUUAUGUUCAAAUAAUAAUCCAUUAACACCAUAUCCAUUAGCUGAUUGCAUAAAUAUUGAAUUAACUGAAAAUAUGGGACGUGGUGUAUUUACAAAACGUGAUUUACAAGCUGGUGAUUUAAUUGGAAUCGAAGAAAUGUUCUCAUGGACAAUUAUGGAUGAAUGUAAAUAUUCAAGAUGUUUAAAUUGUAUGAAAGAAAAUUAUUUAAUGUUAAUACCAUGUCCAAAUUGUACUUGCGCAAUGUUUUGUAGCAAGAAAUGUUUGGAGGACGGAACUAACAAAUUUCAUCAAUAUGAAUGUCCAAUUAUUAAUUUUAUGUACGAUUAUUUACCAUCAAAUUUUAUACUUACAAUACGUACUUUAUUAAAUGUUAUCAAUGAAUUUUCUACAAUAAAAAAUUGUUAUACAAGUUGCGUGGAAAGUGUCACUAAAAAUAUAUACGGUGAUGAAACAAGUGAAUUUGAUUUUAAAGAUUAUAAAUAUAGUAAUGGUAUAAAUUUAAUAAAUUCAAUAUAUUAUGAUAAAAGUGAUGCAAUGGCAUUUUUUCCCUAUAUACCAAUAAUCGCAUUAUUAAAAUAUUUUUUAAUAAGAAAAACUAAAUUAAAAGAAAUGGUUAUUGAAAAAGAACACCAAGAUUUUAUAAGCGAAGCAAUGUUAUUGUAUACAAGGAUUAUACAGGACAGCUCAUAUGGUUCAAAAAUUAUUUUUAGUGAAGAUUCACCAGAAUUUCAAUUUUUAAGUCCAUUUGAAAGUUUAUUUAAUCAUUCAUGUAAUCCAAAUGUUGAACAUUGGAUUAUUGGUAAAAAAGUAUAUUUUUUAACAUUGAAACCGAUUAAAAAAGGAUUGCAACUACUUUUAAAUUAUUGUCCUGAUUUCGGUACACUUCCAAAAGAACAUCGCAUACUAUUUUUGGAAUCAAGAAAUUUUGUUUGCCGUUGCGAAGCAUGUUUAAAAGAUUAUCCAACUUUUAAUAUUGAAAAGGCUAAAAAUCAUAAACCAAAAUUAUAUACAAGAGAUUUUAAUGCGAUCUUAUCAAAUAUGGGUAAAAUUAAUGAUAUGACCCCAAAACAAGCAUAUACUUAUUUAAAACAAUGUUCAAAAUUUAUGGAAAAAUAUUAUUAUAAAUUUUUUCCUGAUCAACCAGUUAUUUUAAUUGAAAGAUUAAUUACAAAAAUUAUAUCGAAAUUAUUGGGUGACGAAUCAAUGAAAAAUGUUAUUAAGAAAAAUAAAUAG